AUGCCGUCUUCGAAGGGUGAGCCGACGGAUCCGGAGUUGAGGGAGAAGAUCAAGGAGGAGGUGAAGAAUGAGGAGAAGGGUGGCGGCAAAGGCAAGUGGUCGGCAUGGAAGGCUGGUGAGAUGUCGAGACGGUAUGAAGCGCAAGGUGGCGACUACAAGGACACUGGCGACAACAAGAACAAGGCGCAGAAGGGUGAGCCGGAGAAGAAAGAAGGCAGGAAAUAG